AUGUGUCUAGAGCAUCCCCUCAUUAGGGCAGUACAGUACCUGGAACUUGUUAGCGUGAGGGACAUCUACUUCGCAGCGACGUCAUUCGCCCAGCCUGCUGCUUAUUUUAGGCCCUUGGUCGCCUUAUCGGCCCGAGAGGGCCCAGGUCCCCUAGGACUCGGAGGAUCAUUUUUUGGGAUACAGUUCGAUCUGGGCGUGAAAGAUAAUUACCGCGGAGGGACCGCCCUACGCUACGCGGCUUCUAGGGCAAAGCGCGAGACAGUCAAGCUGCUGGUCGACGCGGGUGCAGAUAUUGAAGCAGUAGACAAGGAAGCUGGGGGAAUACCGGCAAACCCGAACCACGGUAAACUUGGCGAUGAAUAUCCUUGGUGGCAGUUGAAGCCUAUACUAUAUUGUGCGCGUUUCGGCCUUGCCGAAGAAACUAAAUUGCUUCUCAAGCACAAUGUCAACUUGAGCUGUUUGUAUAAAGGGGUUUCCGCCUUAUAUCUUGCGAUCCAGGAGGGCCACGUGGAGGUUGCUCGCCUGCUGCUGGAAAAUGGCGCCGAACCGAAUGAAAACCCGAAAGACUACGAUCUACUCCUAUUGAGAGCUAUUUCCAUCCCGGAUGCGGCAAAGACCCUGACGCUUACGAAGCUGCUUUUGGAAUACGGCGCUCGGAUCGAGGAAGAAAAUGGUUGUUCGUCUUUCAGAGCCACAGCACUGUCACGAGCUGCUGGAACUCCGAACACAAACCUUGUCAACUUCCUGGUUGAAAAGGGGGCAGACCCCAACCACUGCGCGGAGAAUUCGGAGAGUCCUCUUUUCACCGCUUGUUGGACUGCCCAGGCUGCGAAUGUGCGGCACCUUAUCCAGGCAGGAGCCGAUGUCAACGAAGAUGGGAAGCCUCUCGAGAUAUGGGCUCCUAUACAUGCCUGCUACAAUGCGCCGGAAAUCCUGCAAAUCUUGCUUGAGAACGGAGCAAAUCCUGACCGUGUAUUUAAGCGAGUAAAAGACGCCCCAGAAAGUUGUCUGCAUCUGGCCGUCUUGUACGAGCAACCGGAAACAUUAAAGGUGUUGCUCAAGCAUCGCCCCAGGAUAAAUCUUGAGCUCAAAGCACCCUGUCCUUCAUCUAACGAGGACGAUGAUUUUACGGCUAUGUGUCUUGCGUGUUAUGUCGGAAACGCCGGCAUAGUCCGGCAAUUGCUUGAGGCUGGCGCAAACCGAAAUCAAACGACGAAGCUCGGCAAACGGCCCUUGGAUAUCUGUGUUGAGGUAGGGUCGGCGGCCGCGGCGAAGGUGUUGCUGGAAUGCCGGGUUCCCAUCAACUAUACCGACGACGACGGUAAUACGGUCCUGCAUCGAAUAACUUGGUCAACCCGAGUCUCUCUGGUCAAACUGCUGGUGAAUGCAGGUGUUGACUCUCGUGUACCUAACGACAGGGGCGUGACACCACUUCGGCAAGCGAUGGAGACGGAAAACACCGCUGUAGCAAAAUACCUGAUCUCGAAGGACCCCAAUCCCAAGGUCUUUCUUGAUGGGGCGCGGACUCUCGUCCACCUCGCCUGUAGAAAUCAGGAUCUGGAAACUCUGAAAGCUUUGGUUGAUAGUGGAGUGAACCUCGGAAGCAUUGAUUCAAUGCCUGACAGCACUGGUCUCGUAGUCACGGCGCUCGGACAAUGGCGGACGGCAAGUCAGCCUAUGUUGGAGUAUCUCGUUGAAACUGGUGGUGUCAACAUUCAUGGUGGCGGUGGUUAUCUCGACUACCCAAGUCUCAAUGCCUGCGUGUAUCGGCACGUCGCCCAACUGAAAUACUUGCUCGAACUCGGCGCCAACCCGAACGUCGAAGACUCGAAUGGGCGCCGGGCUCUCCACCUCGCAUCGGUCCAUCCUGGCCCAGAGCUCCUUGACAUUCUGUUGUCUGCCGAUCUACAAACUCACAAAAAUGGGAAUCCGCUGAGAGACCAGAUGGGGAGGACUCCCAUACACUUCGCGGCUUCCAGCGGGGACUGGGAUGGUUUUACGCGUGUGAGCCGGCUUUACGACACUAAUCAACUGACCGAGCCAGACGCCGAUGGCUGGACACCUUUAUUCUGGGCAUUGAUGCGUCGGGAGGCUAGUGCUCGUGUAGUUCAGCAUCUCAUCGACCACGGAGCCGACAUCUGGGCUCGCGUCAAGGCCGGCAAGUCGGAAUGGUCUCCGCUCAAGCGGGCUAGGUGGACGGGUGUGUCUGAGGACGUAUUGGCCCACUUGGCACCAAGGUCAUCGACAGAUAUCAAAGGGGAGAGAUCUUGGGACGAACAAUUUCAUAUUUCCAGGAAGGCUCGAGACAUGAACAGAUGCUGUGAUGGCUGCGUAUUGGAUAUUCACGGCAUCAACUAUGCGUGCCACGACUGUUACGACUAUGAUCUCUGCUUCCGAUGUUAUGCUUCCCGGCGACGAUUUCAUUUGUCUCAUGACUUUGAUGACUGGGUUCAAACUGGCCCUGAAUUUGAAGAUGGGGAGACGGGAGAUGCUGAUGGAAGUCCACAAUUGAGAUUGAGUUCGUCGGAGGGGGACUUGGACGGGGACCAUGAGACAACGCACAGUGCUGAUGAUGCAGAUGACAAUGAUACGGAUGGUGAUGAAGACGAGGACGGUGAAGAGGAUGAUCUUGAUGAUGCGGACGACAUUGACGACGACGACGACGACGAGUAG